AUGCUUAUCUCAUUAUCAUUGAUCUUUUUACAAUAUUUAAAAUCGUAUCAUAUAAUAAUUUUACGUAAUCAAUGUCAAUUAACAAGAGAAAAAUUAAAUAAGAUACAUUUAACUACAGAUGUACUUGAUCAAGAAUAUUAUCAAUUAAAACAAAUUCUUUCAUCAUCAAUGUAUAAAAAUGAUAUCGAAGAACGUUUAAUUAAUAUUGAAAAUGAACAACAAAGAUCAUUAAUUGAUCAGCAAAGAAUUUAUACAUUAGAACAUUUAAAUCGUCAAUUAAAAAAUGAUUUGAAUGCAUCGAAAUUAAUCAAUGAAAGUUUAAAAAGAAGAUUAAAUUGUACUUGUCAAAUAAAUAAUAAAAAUGAAUAUCUACGUUCAUAUCUUUCAACACAAAAACCAUGGCCAUUUCCUUAUUGUCCUCCAUGGAUUCCUGCAAAACUUUCAAGUAUUCAUGAAGAGAAACCAUUAAAAAUUUCAAGUCCUUUAAGUGUGUCAAUGUAA